AUGGCGUCCCUCGAAGAGCUUCUUGAAAGCCUUCACUACCUCUAUCCGGCCGCGGCCUUCACGUACUUCGUAAUUGCUUCUGCCGUUGCCGUCUGCACCCUUCAGACACUGAAGGCUUCCACCAACCCCGGAAAGGAAAAUAUCCCUCGCUCGUGGAUCGUCAACCUGUUCGUGGCCUUCGUCCUGACCUACGUCGCUCAGCUGUCCAUUAUCGGCAUCCAAUCCAUCAUCCGUCAAGAAUGGAUUGGUCAGGAGCACGAGGUCAUUGGUCUCUUGUCUUGCGUUCUGGUCUUUGGCACCCAACUUGCUUUUCUCUCGGACACUGAGCACCCCGUAUGGACUCCUUACUGGGGCUCUUGGAUCAUCUCCAUCGUGUUGGAGCCUUUCAUUGCGGUCCCAGACCUCAUCCUCCGACACUCCAUCACCUUUGAGUACUGCCGUAUUGGCCACCUUGUCUUCUCUGGCUUACGGUACUACCUCCUUCUGACCAUAUUCUCGAUUUACGUUGUUCAGCGAAUCCGGGCUAGCCAGGAAGAUGCCACCGAUGAGGAAAGACAAUCUCUUCUGGCUCAAGAUGAUCCCAAGUCACGUCUGAACAGUUCUGGUAGCGGUAGCCAGAGCUCGGGUUCCGGCUAUGGAUCAACCAGCCAGCCUGAGUCGUACUGGGAGGAGCGCCAGCGGAAGGCCCAAGAAGAGAUGGAGAAGCGGCUGCAGGAGGAGGGUAACUGGCUCACCUAUAUCAAAGGCUUCACGAUUCUCUUUCCUUAUUUCUGGCCCGUCGGUCAAAAAGCUCUACAGUUCCGCCUCGUUCUUGUUGGCCUCUGCCUCCUUGCCGGAAAUGCUCUGAAUCUGCUCAUCCCCCGGCAGUUCGGUAUUAUUGUCGAUGAGCUCAAAGACAGAGACUUCAGCAGUGCCUGGAUUGGUGUGGGCAUCUACGGUCUGCUGAGAAUCGCCGCCUCUGACGCCGGUAUUGAGUUCUUGCGAGAGUGGCUUUAUCUCCCCCUCGAGGUAUACGCUGAUGGAGCCUUGAGCACCGCUGCGUAUCGCCACAUCCUCAACCUCUCGGCCGACUUCCACGACUCCAAGAGUACCUCUGAUAUCAGCUUGGCCAUGUACGGAGGGUCCAGCAUCUCCGACUUGCUCGAGUCCAUAUGCUUUCAGGCUCUUCCCAUGCUCAUCGACUUGGUCGUUGCUGUGGUCUACCUCUCCAUCACCCUUGGACCGUACGAGGGCUUCAUCACUAUUACGACAAGCACUCUGUUCCUGUUCAUUGCGACCAAGAUGAUAGCAGUCAUGAAGGAGCGCCGACGAGCCCACGUGAAUGCACAGUACGCCGAGCAUUACGUACGCCAGACUGGAAUCACGGGAUGGCACACCGUCGCUUCCUUCAACCAGACCACGUACGAGGAUGUUCGCUACUCCAACGCCAUCCAUACCCGCAUCAACUGGACAAAGCGUGUCCGUCUGGGUUGGUUCACCGCGCAAGCUUUCCAAUCUCUUGUCCUCCUGUGCGGUUUACUGGCUGGCUCGGUUCUGGCUGUGUACAGAAUCAAGAACUCCAAGGCCACGCCUGGUGAUCUGACUAUGUUGCUGAUGUACUGGGCCCAAUUGACCUCGCCACUCCGCUUCAUGGCGAGCCUUGGUAAGAAGAUAGGAAGCGACCUUAUCGACGCCGAGCGCUUGCUGGACAUCAUGAAGAAGCAGCCCACCAUUGUCAACAAGAAGGGCGCACGUCCGCUGAAGCUUGUCGGUGGCAAUGUUGAUUUCAAAGAUGUCAGUUUCAGCUACGACAAAAAGAAGAAGAUCAUCAACGGCAUCAGCCUCUCUGUUCCCGGUGGCCAAACUGUGGCUUUCGUCGGCGCUACUGGUGCCGGCAAGUCCACCAUGUUGAAGCUGCUCAAUCGCUUCUACGACUCGACCGAAGGAACCAUUCUCAUCGAUGGACAGAAUGUCCGUGAUGUGGAUCUCCACAGCCUCCGUGACCGAAUUGGCCUGGUCCCUCAGAACCCCAUCCUGUUCGACGACACGAUUAUGAACAACAUUCGGUACGCCAGAAUCACGGCUUCGGACGAUGAAGUUUUCGACGCUUGCAGGGCAGCUUGCAUUCAUGAUAAGAUCGUGACCUUCACCGAUGGCUACAACACGCGGGUUGGUGAGCGUGGAAUUAAACUUUCCGGCGGCGAACUCCAGCGUGUUGCUAUCGCUCGUGCCAUCCUCAAGCAGCCCGAGAUCGUUCUCCUCGACGAGGCCACCAGCUCCGUGGACACCGACACUGAGCAGAAGAUUCAGCACUCUUUUAUGCAGCUUUGCAAGGGUCGAACGACGUUCAUCGUUGCCCACCGCCUGUCCACGAUCAUGAAUGCUGACCGCAUUGUGGUCAUUGAAGAUGGCGAGGUUGUUGAGCAGGGCAACCACGCUGACUUGGUCGUUGCCAAAGGCAGAUAUGCCGAUCUGUGGUCCAAGCAGACGUUUUUGAAACCCAAGGACGACGACCCGACCGACGGAAAGCAGACUGACGCCACUGGUGGCGAGACGUCCGAGUCGGUCAACACACAGAAAGCCAACGGCAAGAAGCCGAAGGAUGAUUCCGCCCACGAUGAGAACGGAAAGGGGGCCAAUGACGCCAACAACGGAAGCGAGGGCAAGCCCAAUGGUCACAAGAAAGAGGGAUCCAAGCUGAACCCUGUUGCUGCGGAGUUUACCCCCAAGACUGCGGCUCUCGUCCACGCAGCCUCCAGAGUUCUCUUCACGACUCCCACUGCCUCGCCGACCCGUAGACGCGUCAAGAACUGGGCCAGCUCCCCGUCAUCUGACGGCGACUUUCCCUCGGAAACCCCGGUAAAAGGUCUUGUAGGAGACAACGGAGACGACUCCGACGGCGGGAGCGCAGACACCGUGAUCAAAAUGAACGUUCAGCUUAGAACUCCGCACCCGACCAGCCGUCGCUUUAACUCGAAGAGCGAAUCCACUGGACAGCCGGCAGACGAUGACGGAUCCCGGGACGAUGGCGAAACCGACACCUCCAGUCCCGAGAUACGACGAGUGUCUGCUCCGGCGUUGCCUAUGAAGGUUACCACCCCGGCAGCCAGGGAGAUCACUACUCCCGUGACCGUCGUCGUCAAAAAGAUGUCGCCGACCAACAGGGGCCAUGAGCAAUCCUCUGAGAACUUCAAUGUCCCUCACCAACCAACCUCGAUUUCUCCUACCAAGUCCGAGUCGGUACCCUCUGGAAAAGAGAACACUCGUCCUACCGCGCCUGCGCUGUCUUCCGACCAUCCACCUCAUCAAUCGAACCAAUUUCGGGGCGGUCGAGGACGGUCUCACCGUGGAAGAGGUGGUCGGUGGCGAGGUCGUCAGAACCAUAACAAAACACCCGGAACACCCGUUCGCUCUGGCAACCAGGCCUAG